AUGGAAGGAACCGAUGAAUUCAAGCCCAAUGUGCGCGGGCCAGAUACUUAUGCCGGCCGCGCUCGCGAAUCAGCCAGCAAGGUGCGCGAAAAGAUUGCCAACCGCUUCCAACCGGGCGGCACUAAAGCCACUUCUCGUCGGCUGUCCGAUACACCUUCCAAUAUGCGUGAACAAUUUCGGGAGUUCAGUCCCAAGGAAUCGGCCAAGGAGUCGGCAGAGAAGAGUAAGUCGGUACUGCAAAAUGCACAGGAGACGGUUGCCAAGGCGCUGGGAGGUGGUUCGCGUGGUGAGAUGGGGAAUAGUGCCAAGCGCAAGAAGGAGAAGCAGAAGGACUUCCAGAAACCCAAACUUAGGGUCGGCAAGGCCAAGGCCAAGCCCGACAACUUCACCGACACCAGCUUUCGAUCCAAGGCGAUCGUUCUCACACAGCAAUCUCUCCAUCUCUCGGCUCCCUCUUUGAACAGCCAGUUUUCCCAUCACCUGUCAUUGCUCUCGUCCAAGUCAGACAGCCAACGGCGCGAUUCACUUGCCCACCUGACGACCUCGAUCGCCUCCCGUCCCGUAAACUCACCUCUACCACAACCUGUCAGCGUCAUCCUUCCGUCUUUGCUCCCACUCAUCCUGGACGCGAGUAACAACGUUCGCACACAACUGCUCAAGCUCCUGCGCACGCUCCCGCGCAACGACGUGGAGGAUCAUGUCUCGCAGCUCCUUCCCUAUGUCCGGGCAGGAAUGACCCACCUGGCAGCUGACAUCCGGGUUUCCGCUGUGGAAGUGCUGUCCUGGAUGGUGGAGGCGGCCGGAGAGCAAGUGGUAUCCUCCGCGGGCGGGUGGAUCAAGACGCUGAACUGCUUUUUCUCUGUCCUGGGCUGGCACACGGAGGAGUCGGCAAGAUGGUCGUCAAAUCGCGCUUCUUUUGGCAAGUCUGGGAGUCAAGGCAGACCUAUGGUCAAAGUGCUGGGGGCGCUGGCGGAGUUUUUGAACGCUGGAGUCGGACAACCAACAACAGCCGGGGAUGACCCGCUUGACCCGGAUGAAGAUUCGGCGGAUUGGCCGUUCCCCCUCUGCCAGACAUCUCAACACAUGAUUUCCCAGUCCUCUGCCGCGUACGCAUAUCUGAAUCUGUUUGGACAACCCCGUGACGAGGAAGGCGAGAUGUACGAAACCCGUGAGGAUCGGUAUCGGGUGUUUACAAGCAGGUUUUUACCAGCGAUUGAGCGCGGGCUGAAGAGUGCGCGUGAAGAAGGCGGAGAGUUGGGCCGUGCUUCCUCCGGCGUGAGCAAAGUGGUCAAAGAAGCCGUUUCUUAUGGAUUGGGUCCAUGA